UGAAAUAAAUGUCUGCUGUCAAUGAUGUAUAGAUUAGUGUUACAGAAAUCUGUCACAGUGACAGGUGUUAGUCGUGUAUGGCACAUUACCCGUGUAUCAUCAGACCGGGUCUGGAUCAGUGAUUAUAACAAUCUCAUCUUGACAAACACAGCAGGUGAUAAACUACAUCAUCUGACAGAUAUAGGUAGUUAUUAUGGAGUACACACUGUGAACAAUGACGGUGAAUUAAUUUAUAUAGACAGGGAGUAUAACAUUAACAAACUGUCUACAGAGAACACAGUAAAGACUACAUUAAUAAAGUACAACACAGCACCAUGGAGACCACUGAGUGUCUACAGCUCCCCCUCCACUGGAGACCUGCUGGUCGGGAUGUAUAAUGCUGAUACAUAUAGAGAAGGCAAGGUAGUGCGGUAUAACUCCACAGGAGAACACAUCCAGACCAUACAGUACAACAACAACACAGGUCAGAGACUGUAUAGUAGACCUAGCUACAUCACAGAGAACCGCAAUGGAGAUGUUAUUGUGUCUGACUGGGACCGUGGUGCUGUAGUGGUGACAGAUCGUGGUGGAAGUCAUCACUUCUCCUACACAGGACCUCCAUCAGGAUCACGACUAUGGCCACGUGGAAUCUGUACUGACGCGCUGUCACACAUCCUGGUGUGUGGUGAUAACACCGAGUCAGUACAGAUAUUAGACAGAGAAGGUAACUUCCUGUCACAGAUACAGACAUCACCACACGGGAUAGACAGACCAGGGGGCCUGAGUUAUGAUGAUACCACACACCUACUGUGGGUAGGGUCAUGGUACAACAACACAGUCAACAUAUACAGAGUGAUAGAUGGAGACUCUCUGACCGGUCUCCCUCUACAGAACAUGAAGUGCAAGAAGCAUCCCAGAUAUCCAGUAUCUCAGUUCUGUAUCCCGUGUGAGGUUACCUUGUGUGAGGAAUGCAUCAUGACCUCUGAUGAUCAUAGAAGACAUGAUGUUAGAGAUGUUGAGAAAUUAUUUCAUGACAUUCACAAGAUUAAAGAUGGAGAUGCAGUUCUGAUGUGUCUUCUCCUCUGCCCUUCAUACAAAAUAAAUCUGAAUGAAGAACAAUGGAUAAUGAAGUAUAACGCUACUGCAGACAUUUUAGAUUUAAAGAAGAUUGAGGAGUCAAGUCUUACCAAUUUACAAGAGUACACACCAGUUCUCAAACAGGAUGGUUCUGAAGUCACAUUUUCUUGUGAAUUCUUCAAGCACACCAGUUUUCUUAGAUUUGUGAGAGAUCCAACAUAUAUGGAUAUUUUUCUAAAUCUGGCCGAAAAAGAAAAUAUAGCUGAGUACUGCAGAUCAUGGGCUUAUCCAAAGGAAGAAGAAGAAGUCUUUUGCUGGAUAUCACCACAGCAAACCGACAAAUUGAUUGAAAAACUUGGAGAAGGUAUCUUCACACACCCAACAUGGCUGGACACAUCAAUACAUGCAUCUGUAUUUAGCUAUGUUGGCAUACCAGUGCAGAUUAUAUUAAGAGGGGACGACUCAGUACAGAAUUUCAUAAAAAAUCUAAAGAAAGGGAAGACGGUGAUGUACCACGCCUCUGGCAUGAUAAUAGGAUGUGCAGGUAGUGGUAAAUCAACAUUACUGGGGAGAUUAAAAGGGAUCGACUUGGAAGAAAUUCUGAAAAAUACAACAUCAACCAGAGGAAUCGAAGUUCAGACAGACGUUUUUGACGUGUCAGACACCAUUACAACAAAUUUAUCAAACCAAAAACAACGCUUUAAGGUUAAAAUUGAUGAAACAAGUCAACAUGACAAUGUUUCAGAAUCUUGUGAAAUAAAAGCACUGGAUACUAAUGAUUCGGGGGAUGACAAAAACCCUCUUAGUGAAACAGUUUAUGAAGAAGAGAUGAUACAUGACUAUGUGAACAUAAAAACAGUAUUUAUAAAAAACAGAGCUGCCAGUAAAGAAGGUUUUGAUGAAUACAUGGUACAUGACUAUGUAAACAUAGAAACAUUAUUCGUAAAAAAGGUUGGUGCUACUGAAACUGGGUUCGAAAAGGUAUUUAAAAGGAAAAAGGAUGUUGCAUCCUUGAAGGAAGCAUGGGGAGAAGUUAAAGAAAAUCAAGGGGCUGCUGCAUUUCCAGAAAAAGCAGAGGAAAAUCUUAAAGAAAAUCAAAAUGUUGCAGAGAAUUUAGAUAGUUUGGGAAUUUUACGGGUUUCCAGAAAUAUAUCCGAGGAUAUUGAAAAAAGAAUCACCAUGGUCGACUUUGCGGGACAAUGUGCAUAUUAUGCAUCACACCAGAUUUUCCUGAGUCCAAGAGCAUUCUUCAUUCUGGUGCUGAAUAUGGAGAAAAGAUUUGAUGAUAAGGUUGGAGAAGAAGUGUGUAGCCAGGAAGGUUCCAUCUUCAGGGGAUGGACUCACAGAGAUUACUUAACAUUCUGGAUAAAGUCUGUUCAUCAAUAUGGCCAUGACAAGGCUCCAGUUUUAUUGGUUGCAACUCAUGCUGAAAAAAAGACAGAAAAGGAGAAAACAGAGUUUUUCCGUGAAAUAUGGAAGACUUUGAAGGAAAAGUCCUUACUUAGGCAUCUUGACAGUAAGAGGAAGUUUGCUGUAGGAUUCCAUGAAAGUGAAUGUAUUGAAAAAAUCAAACUGUCAAUAGUUAAUGUUGUUCAAAAACUUGAUCACUGGGGUGAAAAGCUUCCACACUCAUGGGCUAUGUUUGAAAACUUCUUCCAGGAAAAAAAGCACCUUAAAAUUAUCAAUAAAGUAGUCCUUUUGGCUUUCAAUGAAGCUUUGCCACAGGAAAUAAAACUGGAGAGAGAUGAAGAUAUAAAUAUCAUGCUGAUGUUUUUCCAUGACAUAAAAGAACUUCUGCAUUUUGACCAGGAAUUCUUGAAUGAAAUAAUUAUUCUUGAUGUUCAGUGGUUUGCAGACGCAUUCAAAAAUGUAAUAACUGAUAAAAACCAUGCAGAAGAAGAUUUAUUUGAAUAUGCACCAGAGUGGGACAAAUUUGAUGAAACUGGAGAACUAAGUGACAGCUUGCUCUCAGCCAUAUGGAAUAUAAACAAAAAUGGCUACCUUGAACACAAAGACAAAAUCAUGCUUUACAUGGAGAAGCUAGGGCUAUUAGCUAAAAUGGGUGGCCAACCCCAGAAAUGGUAUGUUCCCUGUAUGAACAAAAUACCAUUCCCUGUCAGUAGCUUUACAGAGUACCCUGCCUCCUCCAUCCUCUGCUAUGUGUUUGAUGUUCUUCCUGCUGGAAUUUUCCAUCGCCUUGUAGCAACAUGCAUGCAGAUUCCGUGGAAGAUUUUUUCAGAAGCAGACCAAGGAUGCAUUUACCAAACAGCAGCUGUGUUUAUGUUCCAGGACCACAACAUUCUGCUUGGAAUGACUGAAUCAGAAAUUCAGUUACAAGUAUUUGUUAUUGAGGGAGAAGUUGAUGUGCCAACUUGUCACCAAAUUAGAAAAAGAAUAGAUGAUACAUUGAAACUUCUGUCCAACACCUUUCAAACAGAGUGUGAUCUCAAAAUUGCCUUCAAAUGCAAAGCUAUCGGAUUUUGUGACAGCAGAAAAAGUGCAGUUGUUGAUGAAUCAAAGUUUACUGAACCAAAGUUUUUGUGCCCUCAUUGUUCAGCAAGUAAAAAACAUAACAUCAUAUCAAAAGAGAUCACGAAAUAUUGGAAACAGGAACCCCAAAGAGAGAGUGUUACUGAAGAGGAAAACAUUCGCCAUGAUCCUUCAGUAGAAUUGAUCUUAAAUGUGGUGUCAAGGAAACUACGUGGAAUUUCCUCCUCUAUACUUGCUGCUAAUUUUGGGGUUAACAUGGAGGAGACAUCUGCAGUGUGUGUUGAAGAAGAUAGAUUUAGAAUUCUCUAUAAAUGGAAAUGUAAGAAUUCAGCCGUGGAUCACAGAAAGGAGUUGGAGAAUAUUUUACGGGAAGUUGGACAAGGAGAAGCCGCAGAUUAUGUUGGUACUUUUCAGUUGUCUGACUUUGAAUGUAGCGAAAUAGUUGAAAGUCGUCAACCAGUUUCAGAGAGAGAAUUCAGGAUGUUAUCAGAGAAACUGUCAAAAGAGUACACACAUUUGGUUAGGUUUUUAGGGCUUCCACAAAUAUGUAUAGAACAGAUUGAGGUAAAUGUUCCUGAUAUUCAACAAAGAAUAUUUAAAUCUCUCUCGAAAUUGAAAGAAGAACGGCCAUAUUUAAGCCGUGGGGACAUAGGCAGAGCUUUGAAGUUCAUAGAACGAAUUGAUGUCAUAGAUUGUCUAGUUACGCUGUGGGAGUUUCAAUAGGAACUUUGCUCAGAAAGCAAACAGAGCCAUAAAGAUAUGUCUGCGUUCUCUAUGGAGGUGCUACAAACUAUUAACAUGUAAAACAUUCUCAAAAGAUAUUCAGGGGAUAUGUAAAUGUACAUAUACAUAUGCAUGUACAAAAAAUAGUUUGAAGGGGUGUUUUUCUUUUCUUUUGAAUAAUUAUGUACGUCAGUUCAAGAAUAAUGCUUUGAGAGAUUUUUUAUCGUGUUCUUAGGUUUUUGUUCUCAUCAUACAUUUGUACAUAAAACUUGAUACUAGUAAUGCUUUGCUUUUAUGUAUGUUUAGCGACAUAUGCAUGUAUCAUUUGAUCUAUCUUUCUUUUUAAGUUUUUGAAUAUCAAUACAUUAACUAAGUCAUGGUUAUUAUGUCAUCUGGAACAAUUCCCCUAUACAGUCCAAAAGCUAAUUGGAACACUUUUAGCUUCUCUUAAAUGACAUAGCGAGAAUGAAAUAAUUGAUGUACAAAUAGCUAGCAUUUAUAAAUGAAGGGAAACAUACAUGUACUUUGUGACUUGAAUGGUAUAAUUAAUCUGAAGGUGUUUAUUUUCUGUUUUGGAAAAAUCUGUUAACAUCAUUUCUAGUUGG